AUUCUCCAGCAUCGAGUUUUCUUUUAAUUGUUGAUAAAUCCAUGGGUUUUUUAACAAUAUUAAAAUAAUUUGGAAUGCCAAGUACUUGUGGAUCAACUGGUUGACGAAACGAUUGUGCUUGAGGUGGUGGAUUAUCACCACCACCACCCACAUAAGAUGAUGAAACUGAACUACUCAUUGAAUUAACGAUUAGAACAAUAACUUGAUGAUUACUUGUUAAAACUUGUUGUACAAUAGCACUUAUUUGUUGAACAGUUGGUGUUUAAAAAUUGAAUUGAGCUUGUUUGAACUGGGUUGAACUAUAAUACAAUGUCAGGGUGUGAACACGUGGUACGCCAAUGUUUUCGAUAGCGGUUGAAGUUCUGCGUUGUCUGACGGUCGGAGCUGAUCUGAGAAUGAGCAACUCAGAGCAAUUGGCAAUUUGUAUCUAACGCAAUCUAAAUCAUCUAAAUAAAUUGUCAAAUAAACAAUCCGCCAGAUGUCUCUUGCCUGCUCUUGAGCACUCUUGAGACUUGACUUUAAUUUCGUUUCAUUUCGUUUUUGUUGGUUGGACCGACAAGGCGUCAUUUGAGUACUUAUUAGUCAUUACACGUGGCGCAUAAUUAAUCACGGCUAUUUUGCUGAAAACUUUUAUCUAACCCCAAUCCCCUGACAUUGUAUGGUUCAACUCAGUUCAACCAAGUGCAACAUAGUUAAUGUUAGUAGUCAAGAAGGUAACAUGGCGCAAUCAACACAACCACUAUCACCAUAUCCAGAACAACCACAAUAUGGUGCACCAACUAGUAGUCAACCAGCUGAUCCAGAAUAUCGUCAAUUAAUUCAACAACAACUGGUAUUAUUAUUACAUGCACAUAAAUGUCAAAUACGUGAACGUUCAGUAAUAAAUGGUGAAUCAUGGCGUUGUACAUUACCACAUUGUAGAACAAUAAAAAAUGUAUUGACACAUAUGACAACAUGUGAAGAAGGUAGAGAAUGCUUAAUGCCACAUUGUAGUUCAUCUGGACAAAUAAUAACACAUUGGAAACAAUGUCAAAACACUAAUUGUCCUGUAUGUUCACCAAUAAAACAAGCUGAUGAAAUGAGAGCAGCAACCAAUGCUAAUGCAAGAAUCAGUCAAUGCAACAGAAUCAGUCAUAUGCAACAAAUAUAUAAUUUAGAUGAGCCUGGUCAACCAGCAAAUAUUAGUGAAAAUCGUUUACUAAGUUCACAAUUACCUUAUUGUGGUUUAAAUGCUGGACAAUUUACAGCAAGUCUAGUACAAGAAACAAAAGAAUGGUAUCAAUCAGUAACACCAGAUUUACGUAAUCAUUUCGUUCAUACAAUAGUACAAGCAACAUUUCCAGCACCAUAUCCACAAGCAAUGUUUGAUCCAAGAUUCCAUAAUUUAGUUGCAUAUGCGAGGGAAGUUGAGGGUGAUAUGUAUGAAAUGGCUAAUUCAAGAUCUGAAUAUAAUUGGUUGGUGACUGGAAGUCCAAGCUUACAAUCAUCAAUGUCAACAACAUCAACUGGAUACAUUGCAUCACAAGGUAGUGCAUCACUUAAUGCAUCAUUUGUUUCAUCAAUGUCAGCAUUAAACAUCAACAAUCAAUAUCAAUAAUAAUAAUAAUAAUAAAGAGAGAAUGAAG